UCAGCUUCUUCACUUUCCCUUUCUUGUCAGUGCCAUCUACCAGAUGAAUAUCCCCGUCUAUCUUUUCGAACCACCAAACCAUCUUGUUAACAAGUUGAUCUAGAUCUAGAACGUUCAAAAUGUCAAGUAUUCAAAGAGCUGCUUUUUUUCAAAAUGAUGAAAUGAUGCUGGUCGUAGAAAAUUACGGCGUAUGCCAUUUUUGAUUGAGGGUAUUCGGGUUUCGUUAACUUUUACCAAAAAAAAUAAGAAUAACAGUAUAUUCACAUGAGCUGACGAAGACUAUCACUUUUGGAAAAUGAAAGUAUAUUUAAUAAUAAAUUUCUGAAAUCUUAAACAUGUAAAAUAUAUAAAUAAAUAUGUCAAUAUAUUUUACCUCUUCGCUACACCUUCGUCUAAAUGGACUGGUCCAAAUUAUGAAGUCGGUUGACAGGAUCAUCGAUUUCCGCUCAUUAACUUUGGGGACACGCUUGUAUAUGUAAAAGCGGCGCAUCAAAGCACGGAUCAAAGGGUAGCCCAUUUUUCAUCUUUUACCUAUCAUUAGGAGCCAUGGAGAUGACAGGAAAAGAAGCGUUUUUUGUGGCACUGUUAUUUGCUAUGGUGAAUUGCCAGCCAGAUACGCAUAGUUACAGUGCAGAUGGGUCAUUUAUGUUAGGCUGCAGUUUGAUUGAGUCUACAGAUGAAAUUUCCCAGUCAAAUUCACUUGGAACUAGUUUAGUUGAUUUCACUGACACCAGCAUGCAGAGCUUGGACAGUAGUGUAGAAUCACAUGAUGCUGUUAGUCCUCUUAAUCUUGGGAGCAGUUUAGUUAUGACUGAUACAGAAACGGACAGUGUGUCUGAUGCUUCAGAAAUAUCUCUUGAAUUAGGUUUAUCUCUUGAUGUUAUAGAAUAUCAGUCAGACCAAGAUGAUGACCCUACAGAUCAGCAUGUAAUGUUUACAAGCACACCAAAAAAAGCCAUGAUUGCGGAUAAUUAUUAUCAUGUUCACGCAAAGCUAAAACCCCCGAAAGCAUUGAAUGAAUACAUUGCAUCUGAAUUGACACAUGGCGGAGAAAUGAAGAAGAAAGCGCUUGAUUUAUCCAGCAUACAACAGUGUAAAAGAAAAGAGUGUAAAUGUGGUAAAGACUGUAAAAGAAAAAUAUCUAUGAGAGACAUAUAUCAGUUUAGGGAAAUGUACUGGAUUAAAUCAAAAAGUGAACGGUUCAGUUGGUUGAUAAGUGUUAUUAAAGAUGCAGAACAGUCUGGGAAAAGUCGAAUGCUGUAUUUGACGAGGGAAGUAGUGGUCUGUACAGAAGCAUUUAUAGAUAUAUUAAGAAUUAGCAGGGGGGCUUAUUUUAAAGCUGUGAAGUUAAACAAAGACAACAGAAUGACAAUUCAUUUAAAUGAACCAAGAAAACAAUCAAAGCAAACAAUUGAAGCAAUCGUUUGGUUUCAAGAAUAUAGUCAGUUCUAUGGUGACAGAAUGCCACACAAAGAAGAUGUAUUGCUACCCUACAAAUCUCGAAAACAAGACAUCUACCAAUCCUAUAAAAAUGAACAUAAAGAUUUUGUAUCACGUAGUCAGUUCUACAGAAUUUGGUCUGAUCACUUCCCUCAUGUUAAAAAGGUAAGAGUCUAUAUAGAUGUUUAG